UUUUCUUACCUAGUUUGUGCUUUCACUGUCAAAUCUAGUUUUAAUACGUCAAGAUUUCGAUUUAGACGUUUUUUGUCUCUCUCUUAAUGCAUCUUCCGCAUUUAUUUGCAAUAUAAACAUUUCUGUUAGCUUUAGCUAUGUAGCUUGUCUUUACUACUCUAUCUAAACAAAUUGACGUAAAGCAAGAAGUUGGAAGUAAAAUCUUGAUGAACUGACCCAGGAAAUCUGUUCAAGAGGCCAGACUGCAUUUCUGUCGUCAAACUGAUCAAUCAGGACGGAAUCUGUCCCCGCGACAAAGACCAAACAAAGAGGACAUUCAUCCGAAUCUAUCUCAUUCCAUUAACACAAGGAGAAUACAGCACAAACAGGUUGACAUGAUGUUUCCACAAGCCAGGCAUUCGGCAUCGUCUCAGUCGACACAGCCACUCAAAUUCACCACGUCUGACUCUUGUGAUCGCAUCAAGGAUGAGUUUCAGUUCCUGCAGGCACAAUAUCACAGUCUUAAGUUGGAAUGUGAUAAACUGGCCAGUGAAAAAUCUGAAAUGCAGCGGCAUUAUAUUAUGUAUUAUGAGAUGUCAUACGGACUCAACAUUGAAAUGCACAAACAGGCGGAGAUUGUGAAGCGAUUGAAUGGCAUCUGUGCUCAGGUGUUGCCCUACCUUUCUCAAGAGCACCAACAGCAGGUCCUGGGGGCGAUAGAUCGAGCCAAACAGGUCACUCCUCCUGAAAUGAACUCCAUCAUUAGGCAGCAGCUUCAGGUUCACCAGCUCUCUCAGCUCCAAGGUUUGGCGUUACCAAUGACCCCUCUGCCCCUUGGCUUGACCCCGCCCACCAUGCCCCCCGUCACCUCCAACUCCGGGCUCCUGUCACUGUCCAGCAUCCUCGCGUCACACGCGCAUCUCGCCAAGGAAGACAAGAGCUCUCGCGACGGGGCCGACGGCCACCGCGACGAAGAUGGUGACAAAUCUGACUAGCGUUCGUAGAGACUCUUUGAUUCUGUGGUAUGAGUUCUUAUGUAUACUGUGAACCGUAUGCACAUAACCUGUAUGCAUAGAAUACUUGGAUGACGACUACUGUACAUUUGCCAAUGUGCAGUACACAACCAGAAGAACACAGUGCACCAAAUUCUUCACCCUACAAUGUAAUGCGCUCGACUUUUUACUUAGUUUCCACUCUAAUAAAUGAACCAGAAGUACUAUCAACUGUGAUUUCACGAUAUAUAUUUCUUGAUUAUUUGAUCAGACUGAUUUAUGUUAAGUACACUUUUACUCAAGAUUGUAUUAAAAAUCUGUUACAGUGAGGCACUUGCAAUGGAAGUCAAUGGGGGUCGUUCUGUACACGUUAAAAUACCGUUUCAAAAGUGUAGCCACAAGAUGUAAAAGAUAUGCUUGUUAACUUGAUUUUAGUGUGAUUUAAAUCGCUUUCCAAUUUUACAAAUUGUUGCCAUGACGAUGUACUGUCAACAAACCCUGAAACUACUAUUUAAACAAUAGAACCUGUUGACAUGACGAUGUACUGUCAACAAACCCUGAAAACAACAAUAUAAAUGAUAGAACAUACAAGUUUUAACAAAAGAAUUAAUGCACAUUCUUUUUAUAAAAUAAUAAGCUUCACAUUUAUGCCUUUUUUAAACCCUCCAAAAAUGGGCCCCAUUCACUUCCAUUGUAAGAGCCUUAUUGCAACCAUUUUUUAUUUAAUAAACGAGAGGCAAAUCGAGGUUGUUUUUUGUGGUAAUCAACAUUAUGCCACAUGCUCUCGAUUUGAGCUUGAAUUGAACCCAGAGUUUUCCUUUAAACAUGCAACACGAUUUAUUGUUGUAUAUUGCAUACUUUUUCACAUAUUAAUAAAAAAAAACAGCAGGCAGUUUACAGUACAUACUGUGUAGUAUGCUAGUAUUCCGUUCUGAAUGUAGCCAAGUUGUUAAAACAAGACUACGUAUGGUUGUACAUAAGCACUGGUGCAUUGGGUAUUUUCUAAUUGUGCGUUUCUGGACAUUCAUGUCUUGUAUGUGUCCAGGAAGUAUUAGCGUGAGUCCCAUAAUUCCUUUUUAUUUUAAUUGUUUUUCAGCUCACCAGUGCUACUAUAUUCUAAGCAACGCUUGCUCGUAUGGGUCAUAGGCAUACUAAGAUCUGAACUGGAUUGUAUCCUAUCAUUAUAAUCUUGUGAAUUUUCUUUUUCCACUCGGUUUUUUUUAUAUUUAGAUACUUUUGUUUAUUCACUUGAAUCACAAAACCAAUUUCCCAAAGAAGAAAAAUAAAAACAAAAAAAGGUCGUAGAGUCGGAUAACACCCAAACAAAACCGUACAGACAAACAAGUGUGUGUGUGUGUGUGUGUGUGUGUGUGUGUGAUUGUAUGUACAAAUAUGUGUGCUGUUGCAAUGGGCCAGUUUAUAUACAUAUAUAAAUAUAUCAAUAUACAUAUAAUUUUGUAAACAUUUUUGUAUGUAUAAAGCUACAUUUAUGACGUAUGUGUUCCAGAGGACAUUCAGUGCAGUUCUAAAUUGCGAAUGCUGUGAUGUACAGAAGUCUAUAAUCAUUUACAUUAUUAAUGAUUACACUACUAUUUUAAUUAGAUGCAUAUUCAUUGGUUGCUCUCAACUAGUUAUAGUUGCUAACGGAUAAACCUUCAGUUCACUCAUCUCAACGUCAGCGAAAAGGAACUUCUGACCCCAAAAUUUUACUUAAACAAUUAUGUAUGUAAUAUAACAAUUUUUAGUCAAGCGCAACUUGUGCAUUUGAGCAUGACGUGAAGGUGGAUCACAACGUAUGCCCCACCCCUUUUUUGAAGGUCCACCUCUUUCUCUAUAUAGCCCCUCCUUUAUGUGGUGACAGUGCUUUUAACACAUUUGCAACAUUUUUAAGCUUUGUAGUUAUUUUUAAAGACUGUGCGUGCGUGUGUUGUAUAACAAUGAUGUUCUUCAUGGAAAUGUAUGGUGUUUGUGUUGAUGAAAACAGCUUUUAUUACUUCAUUUAAAGAAAAUUGUUGGAAGAAAAAGAUAAGGUUAAAAUGUGAAAACUUACUAUACCUGAAUGAGUGAUUGAGCAGUAAGGAAGUAUUUAUGGUGCCUUACAAAUAAAAGAUUCAUUCGACCUUUA